AUGGAAGAUUACCGCCAGAGAGUACCGGAGAUCAACGGCGGCGGCGGAGGAGGAGGAGGAGGAGGAGGAAAUAGGUGCGUGAAGUACAGAGGAGUACGAAGGCGGCCGUGGGGGAAGUUUGCGGCGGAGAUUCGAGACUCGACGCGGCGGGGGGGUCGGAUUUGGCUGGGGACUUUCGAGACUGCUGAAGAAGCAGCGAGAGCGUACGAUCGAGCGGCUUUUAGAAUGAGAGGACAAUUAGCCACUUUGAAUUUUCCGGAGGAGUAUCCAUUGAUGAAGGUUUCGAGCUUUGAAUCUCAAUCAAGUUCGUUGCAAAAUGAUGAAACAGAGAGAAAAGAAGAAACGGUAAUUGAAUUUGAAUGUUUGGAUGAAAAUUUGUUGGAUGAACUUCUCGACUUUGGCAAGGAAAUCAAUUCUAAGUGA